AUGGAGUGUCUAGGGCAAAUCGAAGCGAUUGAGAAAAAAAUAAAAUCAGCCUCUGUGCCUGCAAUAAAAGCCUUGCACAAAUUUAUUUAUCGCGAAGAGGGAGACCGGAACAAUCGUAAAAGGUUACGAAAUUUUAAAGGUUUUCCGUUUUCCGCUAAUUCGGAAGAAUACACAGCGCAAUUAGAGUAUGCAAGACGUCUGACUACCGGCGAUCUCAUUUCUAGCUACGAUGAAGAAGAAGAGGAGAGUGAAGAAGAAGACAACGAGGAAACUGCUGACAAAGUAAAAAAUGACAGUGGUAGUGAACACGAUAUCCAAACUGUUUCUGUGCGACCGCAAGGAAAAGACAUUAACUUUGCUUUCAACUACAAAGACGUAGAAGAUACAUUACGUACUUUCGAUGGCAGCAAUGCAUAUCCUGUGGAGAAAUGGAUAGAAGAUUUCGAAGAAGCGGCCGAAAUAUUCCGCUGGACAGACUUACAAAAAUUAGUCUUCGCCAAAAGAUCCCUAUCUGGAUUAGCGAAAUUGUUCAUUCAAAGCGAGCGCGCCGUAAAUUCGUGGAAUAAACUAAAGGAUGCGCUAAAAAAGGAAUUCAUUUCCAAGUCAAACAGUGCACAAAUUCAUAAAAUGUUAUCAGAACGGAAGCUGGCAGUACAUGAAAGUGUUCAAGAAUACUAUCUAACUAUGAAGGAAUUAGCGUCGAGGGGCUCGGUGGAAGAGGAGGCGCUGAUUCAGUACAUCGUGGAUGGUGUAACAGAUGAUACACCCAACAAGUUCAUCCUAUUUGCUGCUACCACCCUGGAGGAGCUGAAGAAGCGUCUGGAAACCUAUGAGGAAUUACGUAGGAAACACCGAGAGAAAAGUUAUUUUUAUAAAAAGCCGACGCAAACAAACAAAGAAUCUCCUGCUGCAGCUUCGAAAUCACCAGGACAACCCGCCAACAGUAAGACAACCAUAAGUGAAAUUCGUUGUUUCAUAUGCGGUAAGAAAGGACACCAUGCGAACGAUUGUAAAGAUAAGUCUUUAGGGAGAAAAUGUUUCAAAUGUCAGUCUCAUGGUCAUAUUGCGUCCGAUUGUCCGAGUAUUAAAAAAGAAAAUUUAGUUACUUCUCCGAAAAUAAAUAACAUUUCUGUUCUUCCUUCAAAUAAUAUGACAAAAGAAAUUAAAAUUAACAACAUUACUUUAAAUGCAUUAAUUGAUACGGGAAGUCAACUCACCAUAAUUCGGGCAAGCUCGGCUGAUAAAUUGAACGCGCCAGUUUUAAACAAAGUAGAUGUUACUUUAUCGGGACUAGGAAAACAUACGGUUUCCACGUUAGGUUAUUUUUCUUCUGUCGUGAACAUUGAUAAUUCUGAUUUUCCAUGUAAUAUUUAUGUUGUCCCGGAUAAUGCGAUAUAUUUAGAUGUAAUAGUAGGCAGAGAUAUCUUAAGUCAAGCGGAGGUAAAAAUCGAUCCAAACGGUAUCUCUAUUCAAAAAAUAUCGCAAAAUAUCUUUCUUGCUGAAAUCAAUGUACAAAACGAUACUAAUUUAAAUAUUGAAGAAAGCACGAGCGUUGAACCUCGUCAAAGUAUUGAAAAGUUAAUUACCGAUUAUAAACUCGAAAAAACUAAAAGUACAGAUGUGGAAAUGAAAAUCGUGUUGAAAGACGAAACGCCAAUUUUCGAGAGACCUAGACGUUUGCCGGUACCAGAACGCGAAAUCGUAGAUAAACAGGUGGAGGAAUGGAUCAAGGAAGAUAUUGUUGAACCCUGCGCAUCCGACUUUUGUAACCAAGUAGUUGUAGUAAAAAAAAAAGAUGGUUCGCCAAGAGUGUGCAUAGAUUAUAGAAAGAUCAACAAGGUAAUAGUGAAGGAUAGAUACCCGCUACCACUAAUAGAGGACCAGCUUGAUAAAUUGCAUGAUGCCAAAAUUUUCACGACGCUCGAUAUGAAAAACGGUUUAAGAAUGUUAACGGUUAAAAAUGUAGAGGAAGGUAGCAGAAAAUACACAUCUUUUGUCACACAUAAAGUGCCAUAUAUUGACGAUUUUAUCAUUCCUGCUGAAAACGAAGACAUAGCGUUUUCAAGAUUAAAAUUAGUACUGGAUGCAGCUAAAGAAUUCGGAUUAGAAUUAAAUCUUAAAAAGUGUGCCUUUUUGAAACUAGAAGUAGAAUUUUUAGGGCACGUAAUAAAAAGUGGCCGUAUAUAUCCUUCAUUAUCCAAAACACAAGCGGUAAUUAAAUUCCCAGAACCAAAAACCGUAAAAGAGAGACUAUUUGCCGUUGAAACGCUUAAAGCUUGUUUGUCGCGAGGCCCAGUUUUAAAUAUUUAUAAUCCGAAAUAUGAAACGGAGUUACACACUGAUGCAAGUAGCAAAGGUUACGGUGCCAUUUUAUUACAAAAAUCUUUAGAUGACAAUCAAUUACAUCCGGUGUAUUAUUUCAGUAAAAAGACAAGCGAAGCAGAAAAGAAAUAUUCUAGUUAUGAAUUAGAAGUAUUAGCCGUAAUAGAAGCGUUAAAAAGACUGCGUGUUUAUCUUCUAGGAAUUAAAUUUAAAAUCGUAACUGAUUGUCAAGCAUUCGAGAAAACAAUGAGUAAAAGAGACAUUGCAACAAAGAUAGCGAGGUGGGCCUUAUUACUCCAAGAAUAUGACUAUACAAUCGAGCAUAAGCCUGGCGUCAGAAUGAAACACGUAGAUGCUUUAAGUAGACAUCCGAUUAUGUUUACCGAGGUAUGCGGUAUUGCGAUACAUAUUAAACGAGCGCAGGAUAAAGACGAAUCUAUUAAAGUAAUCAAAGAUUUGUUAAAAGAAAAACCAUACGAAGACUAUUUUGUUAAAAACGAUAUUUUAUAUAAAUUCUCGGAAGGUCUAAAUAAGAAAGCUGGCAAACAAGAAGGAUAUUUGCACCCUUUGUUUAAAGGAGAAGUUCCGUUGCAAACGUACCAUCUUGAUCAUUUAGGACCGUUACAGUCUACGAGCAAGAAAUAUUCUUAUAUUCUAGCUGUUAUCGAUAGUUUUACGAAAUUUGUAUGGUUAUAUUCUACUAAGUCGACAACAUCCGCGGAAGUAAUUGUUAAGCUAGAAAUUCAAAAAACUACUUUCGGAAGCCCGGCGCAUAUCAUUACAGAUAAAUGUACAGCGUUCACCUCCAAGGAGUUUACAGACUAUUGCGAUACAGAAAAUAUUAAACUGUCAACUAUUACUACAGGGUUACCACGCGCUAAUGGACAGCGACAGAGAAAACUACGGCAAGAAGCGAAAAAGCAAAUUCUUAAAGUGCAAAACGAAAACAAAAAGACAUAUAAUCUGCGUAGAAAAUCAGCGAAUGCGUAUAAAAUAGGUGAUUUAGUUGCUAUUAAGCGUACACAGGUUCAACCAGGUAGUAAAUUGAAACCGAAAUAUUUGGGACCCUAUCGAAUUAUCAAAGUAAAAGAUAGUAACACCUAUGACGUAACUAAAGAGGGGUAUUGCGAUGGCCCAAAGACAACGACCACCUGUGCAGAAUAUGUAAAGCCAUGGGUACUAAAUAGUUUAUCAUCCGGGGCGGAUGAAGGGUAG